AUGAUAAGCUCGGCGGGUAGAUGUAACAGCGGCGGUGGCGGUCGUGUCUCGGCGAUGUCCAAAGAGAUACGGUUCGUAAACGUCGGUAAUGGCGCCGUCGUCGUCGGCGGAUUCGUGAACCAUUGCGAGAAGGGGCUCGAUAACCCAAACGCACUGGUGCUGGUCGAGUCUAAGGCAGUGGUCCCUGUCAGCGAUCAGACGGUGGCUACCAUCAACCACCGCGUCUACCCUCCAUCGUCCAACGAGCUGGGUAAACUCAAGGACCUGACCCUGGACAAUAUCAUGUUAUUAGAAGAGUACUCAAAAUCUGUGGCCCUGCAAAAUGAAAAGAUAAUACAGUUGACAAACGAAGUGAAGCUUCUUAAACAGAGGUUGAGGUUAGCUAGUCACGGUCUUCCUGAUGCAGGCGAUGUAGCUGUUAGAGGCGAAAACUUGGAUGCUUUACCAUUCACACCAGUCUCUUCAACAUGCUCAUCUGGCAUGGGAGAUUUGAGUUCGGCUGAAAUACAAGAUCAGCAAGAACAACAGGAGAUUCAACCAAAAAAGCGAAGGCUUCGUCAAUCUGCUAUUAAACAACCGAACCCAAAUCCAUUAGAAUCCAACCAGACAAAACAGCCCAGAACUAGGAUGACACGAGCUAAAUCAGCUAAAAUAGGAAAAAUGCAAGAAUUGUCUUUGGUCAUGGCAGAUGAUGCAUAUUACACAUGCCUAGGAAACUAUGAUCCUGUAAAAGAUGAACCAGUUUCCAAAAAUACUAAUAGUAAUUUAGAAAUACCAAGUUGGAGGGUUAAGACAUAUUCUAGUUGGUAUUCUAUGGAAGGCACAGAAAAUAUGUCCGAUGAUAUCUUUGAAAGCAGACAUUAUAGACUUGAACAAUGUGAACAAAAACGUAAAAGAUGGGAUAUGCAACGAAUUAGGGAAUUAAAACGAAUAGAGUAUUUGAAGGAAGGUCGUAAUAAACACCAUUCACAGAAAUCUAAUGACAAUAAUAAGGAAGAAUUGACAACUUUAUUACCCAGUCCAUUGAACAUUAAAGCAAUUGAAAUCACAGAUAAAUUACCUGUGUCUGCAUUUGGCUGCAAUUUACAUAUUAAAAAGAAACCUGAAAUGUAUAAAUUUUAUCACAGUCAAUGGUAUAAUGAUGGGUCUCAAGCGCCAAACGAAUGCAACAUAGAUGGACUUCGUUCUUCAGGUUGUAGUCAAUUUUAUGACACCAUGUAA